AUGCAUCAUGAGAUUUUGUUUGCACCUGUUUCACUUUUGUUUAAAAGUAGAGCCGUAUUACAGCCCGUAAAUCAGGGUGUUGGUGUCGUGGGAGGAGACUGAAAACAGUGUAAGGAAAGCUUCAGAAACAAUUUCCUCAACACAGAAAAGAACAGAACUCUCUCACCUGUGAACCAGAAAAAUGUUUUACAAGGGCAGCAUGAAGCGGACAAAAUCUGGAGCAAAGAAGGAUUUUAUGCUGUUGUCAUUUUUCUCAGCAUCUUUGUUAUUAUAGUAACGUGUUUGAUGAUUCUCUACAGAUUAAAAGAAAAAUUUCAGCUUUCUCUGAGACAAGAUAAAGAGAAAAAUCAGGAGAUCCACCUAUCACCCAUUGCAUUACAGCCAGCACAGUCUGAGGCCAAGACAGCCAACAGCAUGGUCCAGCCUGAGCAGGCUCCAAAGGUACUGAAUGUGGUCGUGGACCCUCAAGGCCAAUACGCUCCUGAGAUCAAAGCCACCACCUCUGUCUGCCCUUCUCCUUUCAAAAUGAAGCCCAUAGGACUUCAGGAGAGACGAGGGUCCAAUGUAUCUCUUACACUGGACAUGAGUAGCUUGGGGAAUGUCGAACCCUUUGUGGCCACACCAACCCCACGGGAGAAGGUAGCAAUGGAGUAUCUGCAGUCAGCCAGCCGAAUUCUCACAAGGUCGCAGCUGAGGGACAUCGUGGCAAGUUCACAUUUACUCCAAAGUGAAUUCAUGGAAAUACCAAUGAACUUUGUGGAUCCCAAAGAAAUUGACAUUCCACGUCAUGGAACUAAAAAUCGCUAUAAGACCAUUUUGCCAAAUCCCCUCAGCAGAGUGUGUUUAAGACCAAAAAAUGUAACUGAUUCUUUGAGCACCUACAUUAAUGCUAAUUAUAUCAGGGGCUACAGUGGCAAAGAGAAAGCGUUCAUCGCCACGCAGGGCCCCAUGAUCCACACCGUGAAUGAUUUCUGGCAGAUGGUUUGGCAGGAAGACAGUCCCGUGAUUGUUAUGAUCACAAAACUCAAGGAAAAAAAUGAGAAAUGUGUGCUUUACUGGCCAGAAAAGAGAGGAAUAUAUGGGAAAGUCGAGGUUCUGGUUAUCAAUGUAAAUGAAUGUGAUAACUACACCGUGCGAAACCUUGUCUUAAAGCAAGGAAGUCACACCCAACAUGUGAAGCAUUACUGGUACACCUCAUGGCCCGAUCACAAGACUCCAGACAGUGCCCAGCCCCUUCUACAGCUCAUGCUGGAUGUGGAAGAAGACAGACUUGCGUCCGCGGGCCGAGGGCCUGUGGUUGUCCACUGCAGCGCAGGGAUAGGCAGGACAGGGUGUUUUAUUGCUACAUCCAUUGGCUGCCAACAGUUGAGAGAAGAAGGAGUUGUGGACGCGCUGAGCAUCGUCUGCCAGCUGCGUGUGGACAGGGGUGGCAUGGUCCAAACCAGUGAGCAGUAUGAAUUUGUUCAUCAUGCUCUGUGCCUGUAUGAGAGCAGACUUUCGGCAGAAACUGUCCACUGAUUCUCUGAAGACUUACCAGACCAUCGCUCUCUAAGGGUGAUUAGUCAAUUACCCACUCGAGGCUUCUGGAAGGAGCUUCCUGCUGUGGAAGGAAAGAGAAGCCGUGAAGCCAAGCUGGGGCAUGGAUUGUGGAAGAUGGCAACAUAUUCAAGAUUGCCAGCCUCUUGUGUAUAUGAAUGCAUUUGUAAGCAUCCUCUAAAUUAUUUUGAAGGUCCUCUGCUGAUGGAGGUAUGAUUGAUUUCUCACACAGCUAAGGAGGAUUUUGUUUUGUCUGUAUUGACUCUCUGCCACACAGAAUAUACGUAUGAAAUUUAUGUCAUCAGAUGACGACUUGAAGAGCUGCUGAAGAAAUUAUUAUUGUGUGUUUAGAUGCUUUACUGUUAGCAAAAUCUGUCUUGUGAAUGGACUGUCAGCUGUUAAACUGUUCCUGUUUUAAGUGCUAAUUCCUUUCUCAGUUACCAGAAUCUUGCCGCUAAAGUUGCAAGUGGUUAAUAAUGGAUUUUUAACAAAUAAGUCCUUGUUUUUGAAAAGAAAUCAAAAGCAGUAACUAUUUUAUAUGGAAAUGUGUCUUGAAAAUAUUACCUAUUAAAUGUGUAUUUAUUAGUACCUCCUAUCAAUCAAUUACAGAGCACAAUGAUUGUCAUUGGGUAUAUAUGUAUUUACUCUCUACUAUUGGGCAUAGAGGUGGUUUCUGCUCCAGAAUUCUAUCCACUGUAUUUCUACAUUGUGAGUUAUUUUACUUUCGAAGGGAAAAACAAAUUUGUAGCAACUAUGAUGUAUUAAGAAUUAUUAAGAAUUUUAAAUACUUGUCUCUCUUUUACUAAGAAAGAAUUUUUGAAUAUGCUGUCUACCUGAACUCUCUCUCCCAGUAAAAGGCAGAUGCCUUUGGGAAUGAUGUAACCAGGUCCCAUUUCCAGAGGCUCUUUAAAAGGAUGCUGCCAUGGAUAGCCUCAAAUCUCUGAAAGGAUUUAAUCCUCAAGAGACAAAAAAAAAAAAAAAAGCCUACACUCAGCAAACACUAGAUGUUCUGCUCAAAUAUGAAUUUUUAAUGCAGCUAUGUUGACUUUGUUUCCUACUGCC